ACGACGACGACGACGACGACGACGACGAAGACGACGUGGUGCUCACCAUCGGCCCAGGCGGCGUCACCAUCGGCACGGGCACCACGACCACCGUCAUCGGCGGCACGCGCGCCUCCUCGCCGGACGAGACGCAGUACGCACUCGUCGGCGGCGCCACCAUCACCAAGAUCGGCGCGUCCGUGGUCGUGGUGCAGGGGACCAGCUACACCCUGGGCCCGGCACCGCCCACCGCGGGGAUGCUGACCACGACCGCCCUCCACACCGUGGGCGGCGAGACCGUCACCGUCGCGCCGACGGGCGUCGAGGUCGGCUCCCUGACGAUGCGCUACCCUUUCGGCCCCACCACCGUCAUCACGCCCACCCCGGGGCCCGGCGCGGCCGGUGCCAGUGGUGCGCUCGCGACGAGUACGGGUGGUGUCGCCGGCGGCGGUUCGGGUGGCGGAAGUCGGCAGGACGGCGAGGAGGAGGAUGCGGCCGGGGCGGUGAGGCCUUGGCUGGUUGGUGUCAUAUGGGCGGUCGGGGUUGCGGUGGGGGUUGGGCUCAUGCUCUGAGACGGCUGUUUUGUUCCAACUGUUCAGUUUGUUUUUCUGAACUGGAUUCUGGAUUAUGGUUACGAGAGUGAGGGACGGCGUUCAAGGAGUUGUUGAUCUGUUCUGUGGUUCUUCUGGUGCGAAUACCCGUAUACGAUCAUGGGGACUUAUUUGUAUUGAUCCCACGAAAAGGGGGUGUGGGAGGGGGAUGAAACUUGCUCUGUCUAAAUAAAUAGAUAAUAGUGACUCGGCACGGACGGCCAUGUCUGAAUAUGACAGCGUGCGGAAUACAACACAGUUCGACAACC